AUGUCGAGUGAUUUUAUUGACCUCAUACACAGUCACAGGCCCUAUAGUCGCAGGCAUAAAGUCAAAGGCCCUAGAGUCAUCGGCCGUAUAGUCAAUGACCCUAAAGUCAUCGGCCGUAUAGUCAAAGGCCCUAAAGUCAUCGGCCGUAUAGUCAAUGACCCUAAAGUCAUCGGCCGUAUAGUCAAAGGCCCUAAAGUCAUCGGCCGUAUAGUCAAUGACCCUAAAGUCAUUGGCCGUAUAGUCAAAGGCUCUAAAGUCAUCGGCCGUAUAGUCAAAGGCCCUAAAGUCAUCGGCCGUAUAGUCAUUGCCCCUAAAGUCAUCGGCCGUAUAGUCAAAGGCCCUAAAGUCAUCGGCCGUAUAGUCAAUGACCCUAAAGUCAUCGGCCGUAUAGUCAAAGGCCUUAAAGUCAUCGGCCGUAUAGUCAAUGACCCUAAAGUCAUCGGCCGUAUAGUCAAUGACCCUAAAGUCAUCGGCCGUAUAGUCAAUGACCCUAAAGUCAUCGGCCGUAUAGUCAAUGACCCUAAAGUCAUCGGCCGUAUAGUCAAAGGCCCUAAAGUCAUUGGCCGUAUAGUCAACGGCCCUAAAGUCGCAGACCGUAUAGUUACAGGCAUUCCAGUCACAAGCUCUACAGGCACAGGCCCUAAAGUGACUGGCCCUUUUGUCACAGGCCCUAUUAACUCAGUCCUUAUACUCACAGUCCUGCUCUCGUCCUUAAAGUCACAUGCCCUGUUAUCUCAUCCACUAUUGUCACAAGCCCUAAAGUCACAUGCCAUAUACUCACAUGCCCUAAAGUCACAGGCCCUGUUGUCUCAUCCACUAUUGUCACAAGCCCUAAAGUAA